GGGCGGGCUAGGAGGCCCCAGUUGGCUCUCCGCUGGUCUGCACCAGUGUUGAUUCAGGGUCCCUGGCUACACUGCGCGACAGUUUAUUGUAGAGAUAAUGUUGAGGUUCAGUGGGUCGGCAGUAAUCAACCCUCGGAAUCCAGAUGUUCAGCAUCAGUCCUCAUUAUUAGGGCUUGGGCGUUCGGUAGUUUCACUCUCUGGAACACUAGCGAGCUAGUCUUUUUUUAUUUUUAAUCUGGGGUUUAUCAUUUUCAUCUAGAGAGGUUUAGCUGGAAUCUGGGGUUCGUCAAAUGCAUAUCAGUUCAAUACUUAGGGUUCAUUCUUAGGAUUAGAUGAAAUAUCUGGGGCUUCCUCAAGAUUUAAAGCUCAAUAUUCAGUGUUCAUUAUUGGGUUGCAGGGUUUAAUAUUUAGAAUGGGAUACAAAGAUUUGGGGACCAUAGUAUAAGGGACUUCAGUGUUUCUGAGUUUGGGAGCUUGAGGAAGCAGUCUGAACAGAGUUGAGGAGGAGGUUGAAUUUGUUCACGACCAGAAGGAAGCCUUUGGGGGGGGGGUGUCCAAAUUGUGUGGUGAGUUUUGGGAGCAUCGCUGUAAGGUUUGGGAGUCAACCGGAGUCUCAGUUGGUAUUUGAGAUGGGUGAGGUUUAUGGGGGUCUGCCCAGGGAAGUCCCAAACUGAAUGUGGGUUUAGUGAACUGGAGAGGGCUGAAUGUUGGGGUUUGAGCUUGGUUUUUCUGUUGGGAUUUGAAGUUUAGGUAGCGUACACCAUCAUGCUCAAAGCUGUGAUCCUGAUUGGAGGCCCCCAAAAGGGGACUCGCUUCAGGCCUUUGUCUUUUGAAGUGCCCAAACCACUGUUUCCUGUGGCCGGGGUGCCCAUGAUCCAGCACCACAUAGAGGCCUGUGCUCAGGUCCCUGGAAUGCAGGAGAUUCUGCUCAUUGGAUUCUACCAACCUGAUGAGUCCCUUACCCGCUUUCUAGAAGCUGCCCAACAGGAGUGGAACCUUCCGAUCAGGUACCUGCAGGAAUUUGCCCCCCUGGGCACAGGAGGUGGCCUCUACCAUUUCCGGGACCAGAUCCUGGCUGGGAGUCCCGAAGCCUUCUUCGUGCUCAAUGCUGACGUCUGCUCCGACUUCCCCUUGAGUGCUAUGCUGGGGGCCCACAGACGCCAGCCCCACCCUUUCCUAUUGUUGGGCACCACGGCAAACAGGACGCAGUCCCUCAACUACGGCUGCAUCGUUGAAAACCCACAGACGCAUGAGGUCCUCCACUACGUGGAGAAGCCCAGCACCUUUGUGAGUGAUAUCAUCAACUGCGGCAUCUACCUCUUUACUCCGGAAGCCCUGAGGCCCCUACGGGAUGUCUUCCAGCGCAACCAGCAGGACAGGCAACUCUGCCUUGCUCUGGGGGAGGACUCGCCAGGCCUCUGGCCUGGGGCGGGCACCAUCCGGCUGGAGCAGGACGUGUUCUCGGCGCUGGCCGGGCAGGGACAGAUUUUCGUGCACCUCACUGACGGCAUCUGGAGCCAGAUCAAGUCUGCGGGCUCAGCCCUCUAUGCCUCACGCCUCUACCUGGGCCGAUACCAGUCCACUCAUCCGGAACGGCUAGCCAAGCAUAGCCCCGGAGGCCCGAGGAUCCGAGGAAACGUCUAUAUCCACCCCACUGCAAAGGUGGCCCCAUCAGCUGUGCUGGGCCCUAAUGUCUCCAUCGGGGAGGGGGUGACCGUGGGCGAGGGGGUACGUCUUCGAGAGAGCAUCGUCCUUCACGGAGCCACGCUACAGGAGCACACCUGUGUGCUGCACAGCAUCGUGGGCUGGGGCAGCACCGUGGGGCGCUGGGCUCGUGUGGAGGGCACCCCCAAUGACCCCAACCCCAACGACCCUCGAGCCCAUAUGGACAGCGAGAGCCUCUUCAAGGACGGGAAGUUACUGCCAGCCAUCACCAUCCUGGGCUGCCGGGUGCGGAUCCCCGCGGAGGUGCUCAUCCUGAACUCAAUUGUUCUGCCGCACAAGGAACUCAGCCGCAGCUUCACCAACCAGAUCAUUCUCUGAGGAGCCCGCCCUUGCUCCCCCGCCCCCUGGAGCUCCUGCCCUGCAGGUCUGGCCCAUAACUCCAUCCUGAAAGGCCCUAGGAAGCCUCAUGGGCAGCAACAUGCUGGGAGCUGUGUGGGUGGCCCUGGGUCUCCCUCCUGCUGCUCCCUAAUAAACCCGUGAACCCUG